UGAUGGUCGAGGCAUUAUCGCGAAUUAAUUAGUGUAAUUAAUCGAGCCAACUUCCAUCACCGAUCGCCAUUUUGUGCUUGUUGUGUGGAUUGGUGAAGUGCUGUGAUUUUAAUGCGGUAUUGUUGAACUCUUCACUCGAUUUAUAGUUUUAUUGCGGGGUUUUCGACUGUGUGGUUUUCCCGCGGGAUUCAAAUCCUUGUUAUUGAUCUGGUAAAUAAACUCUUGGUUGUAGACGACGGGUUUUGGUACUUGUUUUAUUCUGUUGUCGCUUGAUCCGCACUUUCGUUUCUACCAAAGCUUUGUCAGCGAGCGGGUGACACAUAGUGGACGUUGUUUGUGAGGUAGGGAAGUGUAGUGUCAACAGACGAGGACAGUCCAUGCAUCAAGGUGGCUGGGGAGGCGGCCAGUGUUAGUCUGGGGGAGGCCUCGGACGUCGACACCAUGCUGUACAACCCUCUACCCUCGUACUACAACAACGAUCUCUACGUCCUCUCCUGCUACCAGACCAAGAGACAACGCACGGAAGGCGGCGACGCUGACGCUACUGAUAGAGAACAGACACAAGGAGAGGUAUCUGCACUGGCGGGGGACGUGUCAAGUCCUGGUAGUGGACAGUCGGAGUCUACCUGCAGCUCUCCUGCCACCUCAGCACACCCCAACCCCCAUCCUGCACACAUACACGACUCAGGGGGUUUAAUCAACAGCAAUGGCGGGUCGUUACCACAGUACUCUCAGUCCUGGUCAAAUGUCAACCUGGGAUCUGAUGUUAGCGUUUUAGGUGUAAAGAGUGAGGUUUGUAGCCCUGGCAGUCAGGUGUUGACGCAGGCCGAUCCUCUUUACUCCAUCUCAGGUGACACAGCUACCUCCGCCUACGCAACCAGCGAUACUUCCAGCAAAGACCAAUACCAGUACACCUCCCCUACUGCACAACAGUACUAUACCAGUAUGCAGCAAGCGUAUAACAACCAGAGCUCUUCAGCAUACAUGAAUUCCAGCUUCUACAACUCUACAGCUUACUCACCGUCCGCUUACCCAGCCACCAACAACGGAAGGAUGUUGAACCAGUGCAGUAAAGGGUCCAAUGGGACCACCAACGGUUACCUCAACUCCUACCCUGGCUACACACAGACCAACUCUGCGGCCUACGCAGCGGCUGCGUACUCGGCUGGCUACAACUCACACAACUAUUCCUCACAACAGGAUUACAGUGGCUACAGUAGCAGCUACAACCAGGCAGCUCUGUCCAGUUACUAUGGCUACACUCCCUACGUCAACAGCACCGGCUCCUCCUACCCCCUCUCCGCAGUCGGCCUGCCAGACUCACCCGUCCCAUCAGAACCGGAGUCUCCAAUAAAGUCAGAUCCCAACAAUAGGAGAAACAACUCUAGUGAUCCCAACCAGAGGAUGGGUAGGGGGAGAGGUAGACGAGUGGUGGGGGGUCCUACGUCCAGUCCACCCUCCACUCUACCUGAGAACACACUAGACAGAGUGUUUGUGUGGGACCUGGACGAGACCAUAAUCAUCUUCCACUCCCUUCUCACCGGCUCCUACGCCACCAAGUUCUCCAAGGACUCUCAGGCUGUGAUUAACCUAGGCUUUAGGAUGGAAGAGAUGAUAUUCAACAUGGCUGACAUGCAUCUCUUCUUCAAUGACGUUGAAGACUGUGAUCAAGUGCACAUAGACGAUGUCAGUUCGGAUGACAACGGUCAGGACCUGAACGGCUACAACUUUGCCACAGAUGGGUUCACAGCUGGUGGCGGGGGUGUAGGGGUGGGUGGACCAGUAGGUGGGGCAGGGCUGUGUCUGGGUGGGGGUGUCCGGGGCGGCGUGGACUGGAUGAGGAAACUGGCCUUUCGCUACAGGAAAGUCAAAGAUAUCUACAACAACUACCGCAACUCUGUUGGAGGACUGCUGGGACCAGGCAAGAGGGAUCAGUGGCUACAACUGAGGUCUGAGAUAGAAAGUGUAACGGACAAUUGGCUCACGAUGGCCAUCAAGUGUCUCACACUCAUCAACUCCAGGCCGAGUAAUGUAAAUGUGCUGGUCACAACUACACAGCUUGUCCCAGCCCUUGCCAAAGUCCUGCUCUUCGGUCUUGGCGGAAUCUUUCCUAUUGAGAAUAUAUAUUCUGCCACCAAGAUUGGGAAAGAAAGUUGUUUUGAGCGUAUUGUAGCCAGGUUUGGACGAAAGUGUACAUAUGUGGUCGUCGGAGAUGGACAGGACGAGGAGCAAGCUGCCAAAACUAUGAACUUUCCGUUCUGGAGGAUAUCUUCGCACAGUGAUCUCGCAGCUCUAUACAACGCACUAGAUAUGGGCUUCCUCUAACACCAGUCUUGUACAUACCUACCAAUCUACCUGUACAGAAUCACAUAAAUGAAUUAUCCUCAUUUACAUAUUAUAUAGAUGUGUACAUUUUGUAGAACAAGUGGAAUAUAUAUAUAAUUUAAGGUA